AUGGGCAAUUCCUACGCUGGGCAGCUCAAGACAACACGUUUUGAAGAAGUCCUGCACAAUUCCAUCGAGGCCUCUCUCCGCUCAAACACCUUGGUGCCCAGACCAGUCUUUUCUCAGCUGUACCUGGAAGCUGAACAGCAACUCUCAUCACAGGAAGCAGGCAGCAGAGCAGAUAAUGAGGAAGAAGAGGAAGAGGAGGAGGAAGAAGGCUCAGAAUCAAGCAGUCCUCCCAUGUCCUACCAGAUGAAGCCUCCCCCAGAAGGAUGUUGCACCACUGAUGGUUUCUGCCAAGCUGGUAAAGACUUGAGGCUGGUUUCAAUUUCCAACGAACACAUUGAGGUGCCCUCAGGGUUUUUACUUGUGGGUGCAAAGUCCCCACACUUACCUGAUCACCUUCUAGUGUGUGCUGUGGACAAGAGGUUCCUGCCAGACGACAAGGGGCGCAACGCUCUGCUGGGCUUCUCUGGCAAUUGUGUUGGCUGUGGCAAGAAGGGUUUCUGCUACUUUACAGAAUUCUCAAAUCACAUUAAUCUUAAACUGACCACUCAGCCCAAGAAACAGAAACACUUAAAGUAUUAUCUGGUCAGGAAUGCACAGGGAGCUCUGACCAAAGGAUCUGUGAUCUGCUGGAAAGGGGCAGAGUUCAGAGGCCAGCAACCUUCAUCCAGCACCUGCUCAAGCACCUUGUUCCAGCUGCCGGAGGGGUCGGGGCUCUCGGGAAGCACCUGGAAUGAGCCACUUCCAGCAGCACACCUGGCGGGAGCGCAGCACCCAGCUGCAGCCAUGGAUCACAGCCCUUCCACAGCAGUGUUCAGCUCAGCUCAGAAUGGCAAGGAGUCGCCUAAACAGCAGCUGGUGAAAAGUAACCUGUCUGCUCUGACCAGACCUGCAGUGUUAGGCACUUUAACAAAUUCGGGGCCUCCCAAAAAGCGCCACAAAGGUUGGUCACCAGAAUCUCCAUCAUCUACUGAAACUUGGAACUUGCAGGUCAACCCACAGGCUCAGAACAGAACUAAAAAUGAUGGAGGAAGCCUGUCCUCUGCACCACACUCGGCUUUGGUGGGGCCAGCCUCAUCUCCCAUGGUGGGCUCAGGAGAGCCAGUCUCAGUUCCUGACAACUUGCUGAAGACCUGUAAAGCAAAGCCAGUUAUAUUUAAAGGUCAUGGAAACUUCCCAUAUCUUUGUGGGAACAUCAAUGAUGUGAUAGUGAGUCCUUUGUUGUACACCUGUUACAGAAACUCACAGUCUUUAUCUAGAGCAUAUGAACAAUACGGGGCCUCCACAAUACAGCCCAUUUCAGAGGAAAUGCAGCUCUUACUGACCGUCUACUACCUUGUGCAACUAGCCUCGGACCAGGUCCCCCUGAUGGAGGAUCUGGAGCAGAUCUUCACGCGCUCAUGGCGGGAGUCGCACCUCUCCGAGAUCCGGCAGUUCCAGCCGGCGCUGCCGGGCCUGGGGGCCCCUGUCCCCCCUGUCCCCUCUGCGGCCACCCCUGUGACCCCGGCACAGCUGCCCUGGCUGGCCGGCCUGGCCGCCACCUCCUGCAACAACAGCGUCCGCAUCAUCGAGUGCAGCUGCUCCCUGGCUGAGGGGCUCUCCGAGAUGUUCAGGCUCCUGAUGGAGGGGAAACUGAGCAAGACCAACUACGUGGUGAUCAUCUGUGCUGGCAGGAACAGAGCCAUCGACUCCUGCAUCGUGAUAACAGGAAAGUACCAGGCCAGAGUUCUGGCUGAGAGCAUGCUCACGCCUUCAGACUACCAAAAAGAAGUGAACUAUCAGCUGGUCACAGGGAAAGUGGAAACUCUGGGGUCCUUCUUUAGCACACUUUGCCCAGAGGGUGACAUUGACCUUUUGCUGGAGAAAUUUUGUCAGGAAAACCAAGGGCACAUCUCUUCAUCACUUUCUGCCUCAGUGAAUAAACCAACAGCACUGAACGGAACCGGAGCAGCUGCGUGUACAAGUUAUGAGGUUGAACGCCAUCAGAUCCGUCCGUUCCAGCUGGCAGUGGCCCAGAAGUUGCUGUCUCAUAUUUGCUCAAUUGCUGACUCCAGCACUCAAAAUCUUGAUUUGGGCUCCUUCGAAAAAAUCGAUUUCUUGAUUUGUGUUCCACCCUCCGAAGUGACUUAUCAGCAGACUUUGUUUCAUCUCUGGCACUCAGGUAUUUUAUUAGAACUUGGAUUGGAAAAGGAACAUCUUACAAAGCAGAGGGUGGAACAGUAUGUUAUGAAAAUAGAUCCAGAAGCCCAGAUUAAAUUCAAAGUCUUUUUACAAAACUCUAUGCAGAAUCCACAUACACUCUUUGUCCUAAUCCAUGACCACGCACACUGGGAUCUAAUGAGUGCUGUGCACAGCCUUUACCCUCAGGCAGAGCUGUCUGCAGGACUGGUUGACAGACUGUUGAACUGCAGGGAGGUGAAGGAGGCACCGAACAUCGUGACCCUGCACGUGACGUCCUUCCCCUACGCGCUGCAGACACAGCACACCCACAUCAGCCCUUACAACGAGAUCCACUGGCCUUCCUCCUACAGCAAUGGUGUAGAUUUAUACCAUGAAGACAAGAAAUACUUUGGACUGUCCGAGUUCAUUGAGUCCACCCUCUCUGGACACAGCAUCCCACUGCUUCGGUACGACAGCUCUUUCGAGGCCAUGGUCAUGGCUUUGGGCAAGAGGUUUCCCAGGUUACACAGUGCAGUGAUCAGGACUUUUGUCCUCAUCCAGCACUACUCUGCAGCUAUGAUGGCAGUGUGUGGUCUUUCUCAGAUGAAGAACUACACCUCAGUGGAAACUCUGGAAAUCACCCAAAACCUCAUAAACUCAUCACGACAAUGUCCUAGUGGCCAUGGCCUGAUGGUAGUGUUGAGAAUUCCAUGUACUCCCCUGGCUGCAGUGGCCUAUGAGCGACUGAAUAAUGUGAGGGAAAGACUGGCCCUGGAAGAGAACUUUGAGAUAAUCUUGGGGAAUCCGAACUCUGGAAUCACCAUAGGGAAGCACUUUGUGGAGCAACUGAAGGUCUGGCAGAAAAUCGAAGAUGCAGAUUGGAGACCACAGACCUAUUUGGAAUUGGAAGGUUUGCCUUGUAUAUUGAUAUUUAGUGGUAUGGAUCCACAAGGGGAGUCUUUGCCACGAUCACUGAGAUACUGUGACCUACGUUUAAUAAAUUCAUCUUCUUUGGUCAGAACAACCUUGGAGCAAGAGCUUGGCUUGGCAGCAUACUUUGUGAGCUCAGAGGUUCACACAGAAAAAGCAGUUGUGAAUGAUGUGUUGGAAAGUGACCAAGAGAAGCUCAGCAGCACUGAUAAUGAGGAUGAAGAAAUAGCCACAGAAGGUUCUACUUCAGAAAAGAGAAGUCCUAUGAAAAGAGAAAGAUCCCAUUCCCAUGACUCUGCAUCUUCAUCUCUCUCUUCAAAAGCUUCCAUUGCAGCAUUCUGCAGUGAGUCAUCUCCUCUGGCAGCAGCAGCAGGAGACACAGCCAAAUCCCCCCACCGAGUCCUGAGCAACAGCACUGAGGAAACUACAAACAACUGCGAAAGGCAGAAGCAGAAAGUAGACAAGGGGGCACAAACAGCCAUCAGCAAACACUUGCCACUAGUAACUGAACAGCUAGAUACAAAGCAAAACAUAAGAAGUGCCCAAAUUUCCAUCCCCUCAUCAUCCUCUCCCCCUUUCUCCUCCUCCCCUUCCUCCUCUGCACCUCCUCAUAACCCCUUCAUCCUACAGAGCUCUCAGUGCUCCAUGACCAAAGCUUCCAAGCAGCCUCCCAUAGUUUUCCUGCCCAAGCUGGUUUAUGACAUUGUGACUUCCACGGACAGCAGUGGGCUUCCCAAAUCCUCCUCCCUCUUGCCUUACCACUCAGUCAUGUGGGCGAGCUCCUUCCGGCCCCUGAUGAGCAAGAUGAUGACCUGCACGGAGCAGUCCCUCUACUACCGCCAGUGGACGGUGCCCAAGCCCAUCCACAUGGACUACACCAACAGGAGUGAGGGCAGGAUGGACACCUUCCACCCCAGGAGGCUGCUGCUGAGUGGGCCACCACAGAUAGGGAAAACAGGUGCCUACCUGCAGUUCCUCAGCAUUUUGUCCCGAAUGCUGAUUAGACUGACAGAAGUGGAUGUUUAUGAUGAGGAAGAAAUCAACAUUAGCAUAAAGGAGGAAUCUGAUCAAUGCUACCAUCAGCCUGGAGAUCUGUGGCCACAUCUGGAGACAUUUAAGAAGAUGCCUUUUGACUACACUAUCCAUGACCCGAAAUAUGAAGAUGCAAGUCUGAUCUGUUCAAAGCUUCAAACCAUCAACAGCAGGGACAGGGACACAGGCCGCAGGCAGGAGGACACGUUCCCGCGCCGCCGCACCGCGCGCAUGCGGCUCUCCAAGUACGCAGCCUACAACACCUACCACCACUGCGAGCAGUGCCACCACUACAUGGGCUUCAACCCCCGCUACCAGCUAUACGAGUCCACUCUGCACGCAUUUGCCUUUUCUUACUCCAUGCUGGGAGAAGAGAUCCAGCUGCAUUUCAUUAUCCCAAAGUCCAAGGAGCACCAUUUUGUCUUCAGCCAACCAGGGAGACAACUGGAAAGCAUGAGGCUGCCACUCGUCACAGACCAGAGUGAAGAUUACAUAAAAAGCCCCACUUUUACUCCCACCACUGGUCGUCAUGAACAUGGACUUUUCAAUUUAUACCAUGCAAUGGAUGGAGCCAGUCAUCUGCACGUGUUAGUAGUCAAGGAGUAUGAAAUGGCCAUAUAUAAGAAGUAUUGGCCCAACCACAUCAUGCUUGUCCUCCCAAGCAUUUUCAACAGUGCUGGAGUAGGUGCUGCACACUUCCUGAUAAAAGAGCUAUCUUACCAUAACCUGGAGCUGGAACGAAAUCGGCAGGAGGAGCUGGGGAUAAAACCCCAGGACAUCUGGCCUUUCAUUGUCAUUUCAGAUGACUCCUGUGUGAUGUGGAAUGCAGUAGAAGUUGAUUGUUCAGGAGACAGGAAAAGUGACUAUAUGUGGAGUGAAAGGAAUGUUUCCUUGAAGCAAAUUCUGCAACGUAUUGAAGCGACUCCCGAUGUCACUCACUACGCCCUAAUUGGGAUGAGGAAAUGGUCCAGUAAAACCAACAGUGCUGAGAUCAAGGAACCAUUCUCCUGCUGCCACGUGCAUGACUUCAUUAUGCUGAAUGUUGAUCUGACACAGAAUGUACAGUACAAUCAGAACAGGUUCACGUGUGAUGACGUUGACUUCAACCUGCGCGUCCACAGCGCCGGCCUCCUGCUCUGCCGCUUCAACCACUUCAGUGUCAUGAAGAAGCAGAUUGCUGUGGGAGGACAGAGGUCCUUCCACAUCAAGUCCAAGGUACCCGACACGCCCGUGUCAGUCUCCCCUGCUCAGUACAUCUGUGCCCCUGACAGCAAGCACACCUUCUUGGCAGCACCUGCUCAGUUGCUCCUGGAAAAGUACCUGCAGUACCACAGCCACCGCUUCUUCCCUCUCUCUCUGAAGAACUUCAGCCACCCCGUGCUGUCUGUGGACUGUUACCUGAACUUAGGACCCCAGAUUGCAGUUUGCUACGUGAGUUCUCGGCCUCACUCUCUGAAUAUCAGCUCCUCUGGUCUGACAUUCAGUGGCCUCCUGCUGUACCUCUGUGACUCCUUUGUUGUAGCUAGCUUUUUGAAGAAGUUUCAUUUCCUUAAAGGUGCCACGCUGUGUGUGAUCUGCCAGGACCGCAACUCCCUCCGCCAGACGGUGGUGCGGCUGGAGCUGGAGGACGAGUGGCAGUUCCGCCUGCGGGACGAGUUCCAGACUGCCAAUGCCAGGGAGGACAGGCCCCUGUUCCUCCUGACUGGCCGACACAUCUGAGUGGAGAGACACAUUUCCUGAGUGAUCCCAGAGACUUCAUUGCCACCAUCUCAUGAAAUGACUUCGGAGAGGCUCUGCUCUCCCAGCAGAGACAGGACUGCUUUCCACUGCUUGUU